ACUCCAACUAAUGAACCAAACUUUGAAACUACAAUCCAAAACGCACCUCUGACUAGUGAAUCGAGUGCCAAAAUUACAGCCCAACCUGAAACUCUAACUGAUGAAUCAGGCAUCGAAACCACAACCCAAAAGAUUGCCACACGGGUCAAAAGCAGUAGAAGAAGGAAAACAACGACUACAAAACCUUACCUUAGAACAAAAGAACGUACAAAAGUUACUGAUCUUGCAAAAGAUGCAUUAAGACAAAAGCAAAAUAACGAUACUCCUGAUUCAUCCGCACCUUAA